UUAUUUUUCAUUUACAAAUUUUUACAAUGUGACGAUGUGCCAUUACCGAACCUGUGCCUGGAAGUUGCAGAAUGUGGCCCACAUGAGGUGUGUGCUGUUCGGCGAUAUACGACGACCUCCGGAAACUACCGAUAUCAACAGUCAUGUAUGGACAUAUUGAAAUGUAGUUCCGUGUCACCCAAUCUUGGAACCAAUACAACUUGCAGUGAAUGUUGUAGUGGAGAUCUAUGUAACGCGGGUGGCUGCGGGGCACCAGGUUUUGAUCCAAUAUUGGGGCCCAUAUGCUACGCGUGUAAUCUUCAGAUUGGAGCCGGAAGUUGCAGCAAGAUUCAACAGUGUGGCAGAGAUCAGGAAUGUUCAAUUCGUCCAGUUUACAGACUUGGAGGACCAGAUGAUCUAUUUGAAACAAAAUGCACAGGGAAAAACGUUUGCGAUACUGCUUCAAAAGCAGUACCGUCAACGCUUGUGGGUCGUAAACGAUCUAAUUGUGCGUUUUGCUGCAAUUCAACUUUAUGUAACAACUUUGACAACCGUGCAUGUGCAAAUUUUUUAACACCAUCAACAUUUGCAACUCCAACAAUGUUAGCUAAUACACCAACCACCACAGUGAGGACAUCAUCAAGUGCCACGAUAACAGUAUCUGCAACAUCUGAAGGUUGUGAGGACAAGGUAGUCUGUCAUACAAUAGCCUGUUUAUAUUCAGUUAUUGACUUCUUGACCAAAAACUGCCGAAAAACAUGUGGACUUUGCGGUGGAACAGCAAAAUUGACCAGUUUGAAUCCAGUGACCAUCCAAGCUUCUUCUACAGACAACGGAGUCACUACGCAUACACACAGCAUAUUUUGCAAGGAUAUUGCCAUUGGAUGUAACUUCAUGCCUGCUUUUUGUACGCUCGAUGAAUAUAAGUCUUGGGCUUUAGUAAAUUGUAGAAGGACAUGCAAUUAUUGUUAAACUAGUUUGUGUCCGUGAUUGCGUCUCAAAACUAUUUAUGUCUGUUUUGAUCUACAAAUGAAACUGACCCAUAUUUUCAUUGUUUGUUUACUGACUUUUUAUAGGUCAAUAGAACUAUAAAUGGAAGAAAAUAAAUAUUAGUUACCUU